AUGGCACAUUCGAGUGCAUCAUCCAACUCUAAUUUUGUUAUUGCACAUGAUUUGAGACAAGACCGUGAGAGAAAGGAAAAUAAGUGCAUCUUAGCUACUUGUGGGAUAUGGAAAGAUUUUCAUUUACAUGGCGGCAAGUUCGUUGGCACCGGAAGCCUCGUACAGGGCCUCUUUCUCAAAUUUGAAGAAAAAAUUCAUCUGGUCACAAGCAACAAGGUCAUUUCACCUAAUGAUUAUUUAAGUUACUACGAAUUGUAUUUCAAGAAAUCAAAAGACGAAGAAAAAGAACCAGUGAAACUAAAUAAAAUGGCGUCGAACGAAGUGAUCUUCAAAUCAGGCCUUGCAAUUGUGCUUAUUGACCCAAAGAAACUUGGCUUCAUUAGACAAUAUACUUCUGGUUUUGUGAAUCACCGUCCAUUUACCAUACGCUUUAAAGAAAAGGAAGACUUAAGAAAUGAUGAAUUAUACUGUCAUGUCGCUGAAGAAUCUGGAAAGUCAAUUGCCAUAAGACCAUACAAGGUGAAAGGGAUUGCAGACGCAAAAACAUAUGUCACUGACCACAGUUCCAUAGAGAUAGAAAGUACUAGCUUUUGCAGCAGUUAUCGAAAAGGCCUUGGAGCUCCAAUUGCCAUCACAGUCAAAGAUGAGGCAUUUGCUGUGGGUGCCAUUACUCUCAGCAACAACAAGCAGCUUUCUUUUGUUCUGUUUUCACAGAUUGAUAGGAAACAGGCAUUUUCAGGUUGGUAACUUCUCGUUUGUUCAGCAUACGUGUUUAUGCAAGGCAUCUUUAAGGUCUUGAACGUUAGCAACAUUUGCAAUUUAUUUAUCUGGUUCAGUAUCCUGGGAAAUGUAAAUUAAUUUCCACAAAGGAGCUGGCCUACACUCUUAGACAUAUUUGUUGGGACAUCUCUGCCUUCCCUGCCCCUCUCAAUGUUGGUUUGCAAGAUGGUAUAGACACAUGAUUGGCAAUUGACAGCAUUGGAAGGGGGAGAGGGGUAGAGGAACAUCAUAGAUGUUUCUCUGUAGAAGUGUCGCAGCUAAUGUUGCCCAGGAGUGCAUUACCGUAUUUACCCAUUUAUAAUGUGCGCCCGUGUAUAAUAUGUACCUUAAUUUUUGACCUCUUUUGUCUAAAAAAAAAGACUUCAAGACAAACACCAAGAAUUAAAACUUCCAUUUUUCCAUUUAAUUAACAAGAGCUGGGAAUUCAUUAAUAAUAUGUUUACAACAUUUUCUAACUAGUUGCUACUACAAAUAUCGCACGCACCGAGCACCUAUUUACAAGCUUCUCUAUUCAAUUACAGUCAAACGUUUUACAAAUGUUGUAACUUGAAGUCCAUAUUAAUAUACCUAAAUUCUCAACUUGAAUUUUUAUCAUAACAGCAAUUCAUAAACAUAAUCUGUACUCACAGCACUGCUGGUAGCUUGAAUAUCAUCACUGCAUUGCGUACGAUUUAAAUAAAAUGUUCAGUGUCUUUAGGCAUAGUUAGUAGAGUCUCCUCUACUAACUAUGCUUUAGGCAACGAAACCUUCAAAUUCCGACUCGCAGUCCGAUUCAAAUAGGUUUUCGAUGACUGUAUCAUCAAUUUCAUCAGUGAUCUCGGUUAAAUUGUAAACCAAUCCAUCUUGUGAUCCAUCCGAAUUGUUUGUGAUCCCACACUUCAGGAAAGAGGCAGCGAUCAUUUCUGACGGAAUAGCUCUCCACGUUUGCGAAAUCCACGAACAGAUCAGCUCCUCCGAAGCCUUCUUUUAUCGUCCAGUGGCGAUAAAUUCGUGAAUUCCAUCAGUCAUCCACUGUUUUCAGACUCCAUCUUUAAACGGUUUGUUCAAAGAUACAUCGAGCGGCUAGAGAAGGGAAGUUAGCCCACCAGGAAUCACGGCAAGUUCAGUGUUCUCGCGUUUGAAGGAUGCGUUUACAGUAUUUGUCACGUGAGCUUCAAAUGAGUCGUAAUUAAGCAAGCUCUUUCUCCUCCCCAGGCCACCAAUCCGCGCAAUUUUACUUUUGUUGUUUUUUUAAGGUAUGCAAAUUAGGACGUGCUUGACAGAAUACGUGAAUAAUACGCACCGCGAUUUUGAUGAUUAUUUUUAACGAAAAAAGUGCGCAUUAUACACGGGUAAAUACGGUAUAUUGCUGUUGAUUCUAGUCCAUCGUGGUAACUCUCUCAGAAGAGUUCCUGUGUCUGUGAAUGGUCGCUCUCUAUCUUUUGGACGCCUCUCUUGAAACUUCAGCUAGCAACCUAAUUUCUUAGUUACAACCCUGCUACAGACACAACAGGGAUCCAAGGAUCCAGCACAUCUCUUAUUCCAGAGGGUAGCACAUCCACAUUCAAUCGUAGCUCUGGUUUGACAACAGUGUUGACUGAGUGAUCAGGAAAAUGUAUGUAAGGAUACAGAAAGGAUAAUAGCAAGAUAGAUUUAAUCAGACCCAAAAUUAUUGUACGUUCCAAAAUGUGAUUCAUCAUUUUCCUUUUGGAAGGCAGAAAUUUUCCCGAUAAUUUUUCUUAAAUGGCCAACUGCUUUCAAUUGAUAUUUCCCAUGCUAAAUGGCCACAGAGAUUUCAAUUUUCUCAUUUUGUGUGCAAAAAACCAGAUGAAGGAAAUGGAGGAGGUGGAGAACAACAGGCACCAGGGGAACCAGCAGAAGGAGAAGAGCAACAGCCACCAAGGGAACCAGCAGGAGGAGAAGAGCAACAGGCACCAGGGGAACCAGCAGGAGGAGAAGAGCAACAGGCACCAAGGGAACCAGCAGGAGGAGAAGAGCAACAGGCACCAAGGGAACCAGCAGGAGGAGAAGAGCAACAGGCACCAAGGGAACCAGCAGGAGGAGAAGAGCAACAGGCACCAAGGGAACAAGAUGGUAAUGUAUAA